AUGUCUGAACAUCAGCAUCAUCACCACCACCACCACGGCCAUGACCACGGCCACAGCCACGACCAUAGCCAUAACCAUACCCAGAUCAACGGGGAGUACUGGAGUUCCGCCGCAGCCACUACAUUCGAUCAAGACUGGGUGGUUGCUUGUCAAAGGCAGACCCUCGAGCACCUAAGGGAGAACUUGUCCUGGUUUGGUGUGAGAGAGGGCUCCUCAAAGGAUGACCAACCUGAGCGGAAAAUGAUGGACUAUGCUUGUGGUGAAGGAUAUAUCUCACGAUUCUUCACGACUUAUUUCUCCAAAUGUAUUGGAGUCGACGUCGCUCCCGGCAUGGUUGAGAGAUUCAACCAAACAGCUCGCAAGGAGGGAUUCCCAGAAACUCAGCUGUACGCUGUUGAAGGCAACCUGACAGAAUCAGAGGUAUCUCCAUCCCUUGCAAAGGAGGAGUUCUUCAACUUCGACCUCAUCAUCAUUGCCAUGGCGUUGCAUCACGUUGCAGACCCGCAGGCGCUGGUCAACCGGCUCGUCGAGCGCCUCAGCCCAGGUGGCGCUGUUGUCGUCGUUGACUGGGAGAAGGAAGAUGAUAACAGCACCUUUAACCCAGGGAAGCUUGACCAUCCUGCCGCCCGUACGGUGGCGCACGUUGGGUUCAACAAGCAGGAGAUGAACGAUAUGUUCAGCAAGGCCGGAUGCAAGGACAGUGAUUAUACGCUGAUGAAGGAGCAGCUAGUCGUUCCAUCGGCCUGGGGUGAUAAGAAGACUCUCUUCUUUGCAAGGGGAAGGAAAUGA